AUGCAAUAUACCAAAGAAAAUGCUUUGAAAAAUGUAAACAUAUAAAAUCCCUUAACAAAAAACAGUCUAGCAUAAAAGCUUUUGUAAUGGAAUAGCUUGCCAUUAAUCAAUUUUGAACCUACUAAAUUAGAUAUAUAUUUUGGAGUUUUCUUACAUUAAAUUAUAAAAUCCUCUUAAAAUUUAUAGUUAAAAAUUCUGUACUAAGAUAUUAUGAAUAAAAUUCAAUUUGAGAUUAACAAUAAAUAACACCUGUAUGCUGAGCUUUGUAGGAAGAUAACGAACAAAGACACCCUAUACCCUUUCCCCGAUUAAUUUGACUUUAAAACCUUUGAUUAAUCAAUUUAAGAAAGCUUGGAAAUUGAAAUCUGUAAUCUUCAAUUUUGGCAGAAUAAAUUAUAUCAAAGUACUAAACUCUAAAGCAAAGAACCUUUAUAAUUUAAAAUUUUAUUCUAUCAAUUUAGUAUUGAUAAUAAUGUGAAACAACUUCUCAUAUUUUCAACUAACAAAAAUUUUCAACCAAGGUUGUAAUCAUUUCCAAUUGUAUCACAAUUUUAUUAUCCAAAUACAACUAGAGCCACUUAUAUAAAUCCUGGCGAGUAAUCAAAUCAAAAUGAUAUUCGGUAAACAAAUCAGUAUACUAACAAUAUUUCAUUUAAAUAGCAAAUUCUACCAAAGGGUUUUUUUCCUUUACCAUAACAAACCUUUAAUUAAAGCAAAUUCAAUAGCUGUGCUUCUGCCAAGGGUCCUUAAGAAUUUUAAUUCAAUAAUCCAAAUUAAAUUAACCCUAAUUUUCAAUUUCCUACUCCUAAUGGAUUUUAAACAUCAGCUUAGAUAUAAGGGGAUAAUAGGAAUUAGUAAAACAAUAAUUUUGUUUCUUAAUAUCCUUAUUAAAGGACAGAAUAUUAACAAUAAAAUAUUUAGUUUAAUCUUGCUAACUAGCAAUCAAGUGCUAAUGAUGAUACUGAUGUGUUUCGCACAGAAUAAAUAGCUACAAAAGAAUCAGUUGUAACCAAUCCGAAACCAUAAAAUGAAGGGAGAAUACUAACCAAAAUGAUUUAGAAAGAAGGAGAGAAAUCUGAGUGUUCAGUAUGUUAUGAAAAUUAUUAUUAAAAACCUGAUGAAGCAAUUAUGACCCCUUGCUGCAAUAAAAUGGCUCAUAAGCCAUGUAUGUUAAAUAUGUUAAAUGAUAACGCUAAAUAAUAGAUGAAUUUAGAAACAAUUAGAUGCUAUUUAUGCGAAAAGUUACUAAAGGAGUACUAAGAGUUUCUAAGAAGUAAUAUUCCUAAGUAACUUAUUUUUAACAUAAAACUCAGAGAAGUUUUGGCAAAAGUUACUUCAAAAUGCUGUAAAUGUAACUCACCGAUACAAGCAAGCACAGAAUAUAAAUAGGUGUAAAUUUAAUGCUUGAAAUGUAAUACUAUACUUUGCCGUUAUUGCUAUUAAGAAUAUCACGGAGAAAAUCAAGCAAAUUAGUCAUGUCCAAAUCUGUUAAAAGAGAUUUUAAAAGCAAUCGAUGGUAUGCCAGUUCUAGUUUGUCCAUUUUGUGGUACAAUGCAAACAAAAGAUGAGAAAUGUAAUCAUGUGAAAUGCCACGUUUGCUAGAAAGAUUUAUGCUCAGCAUGUUCUGUUGAUAGAUCUCCAAUAAUGGAUCAUGGCAAUCAUUAUCACAGGGUGGGUUGUCCUGACUAUUAACCAUGGAUAUAAAAUGGCAAAGUGAUGACAGAACCUAAACUCGAGAAAAGAAGCUGUCAAAAAUGUAGAGAAACAGGUUAAGCAUGUCAAUUCCCUAUAAGUUUGGAAGAAUACAAAUAAUUAAAAUAGUUUUGA